GCAAAUUAGAUUUUGAUUUGACAAAAAGAGAAGUUAAAUGUUGCAAGUUUCAGUUGUGGCUUUAAGGUCCAAAGAAGGACCUAACGAGGCGCACCUGAAGGCAGCGCUUCUCCUCCAGUCAAAACGGAGCCAUAUGAGGUGAACCUGCCUUGCCCGCGGUCAAGCCCCACACUGGACUCAUUGUGGUGGGCAACCCAAACGCUGCUUCCCCUACUUUGCGAUGAUUUUCGCUUGUUAACGUGUUGACGCAACAUUUAUAAAUUUUCGGAUAUAGGUAAUGUUAGCUAGCUGCUCGGCUAGGCGGACGCUGUUGGUAAAGCAGGUGAUGACUUUAUUGUUUUCCAUCAUGUCGAAAUCGUCCGGUUAUUUUUAGCUAGCAUUGCAGGCUAAUAGUAGCGAGCAAGCGUGACUAAUCGGUCUGUUGUUAAGAGAAACAAUACAAAUGGAGCAGUGGCAGGACGCGGCCUCCCGGCAGGUCAAGCUGCUUACUGACAGACUGAAUGAACUGCUGUCUCACGGCCUGGAGCUGCUGCACUCCGAGCUCGGCGUGGAUUUGGGGCUGAAGCCUGAGCUUAUUCCGCCAUGGGUGAUCCUCUUAGCAGCAUGUAUCGGGCUGGUGCUAAUGGUCGCCCUGUGGGCCUCAGCCUGCCGGUCUCCUUUCAAGAAACGAGCCGCUGUCAGCUCCGCGCACGACGGCACGGAAAUAAAACCGAGCGGCGCCAAGGCUGCGAUAAAAUCCGAGGAGCAGAAGAAAAAGAGGAAGAAGGCAGACAAGAAAGCCCAGGCAGCCCAGCCGAACGGGAGAGCUGUUGCUGAACCCCAGGAAGAAGCUGUGGUGUCAGAGGAGAUAGUGCCACAUCACCAGCCGCCUCCACCAGAAGUCAAGGCUGAAAAGGUUGCAGAGGUAAAGAAGUCUAAGAAGAAAGCCAAACAGGCUGUGAAGGAGAAUAAGACUGUGACUACAGAUGGAAAAGAACCAGAAGAAGGCACGUGGGAGACCAAGGUCAGUAACAAGGAGAAGCGUGAGCAACGCAAGAAGGACAAAACUUCCAGUGAUGGCUCAGCGAGUCCUGGAGGAGUUGACACUCCUGUCAGUGCUCCCCCAGAGCAACCCAAGACUGCUACAGCCCCCGCACUUGCUGGCCCGAAGAAGAAAAAAGGGGAAGCCUCCAAGAUGAAAACAGAGAAAGUUGAGGCUGGUGUAUCUCAAGUGUUAGUAAACAGCAGCGAGCCGGCAGUGGUGGCCGGUGGUUUGACUGACGUCCCUGUCAAGGCUCCAGCUCACACAGUUAAUCCAGACCUGGGCCGCUGGACAGCCAAACGGGAGCCACAAUCGCUGUGGGGAGCAGAGAUUGAUGGGUCAUGGACUGUGAUUGAAAGUGGGAUGAAGACAUCGGACCUGAAUCUUAUGUCUUUUAGCGCACUGGGAGUUGGUGCUGCUGAGCCCCAGCCUGUGACUGAGCUGCCCUGGCUCAGCCAGCCCCAAGUGGAUGAUGAGUGGUCUGGACUGAACGGCGGCUCAGUCGACCCCAGUUCUGACUGGAACGCCCCCUCUGAAGCCUGGGGCAACUACGAAGAGCCCACUCCUGAGCUGCCAGCCCCCCAGCCGCAGCCUCUCCCUGAGCCUGCCAAGGUCAACCUGCUGAUCAGAGCGGCUGAUGAAGAUGAGGAGGAGAAGGAUAAGGUGGAGACUGCUGCUGACGGAGCAGGUAAAACUAAAAAGAAGAAAAAGAAGAAGAAGAAGACAACUGAGGAGGGAGGACCUGUUGGCCAGGAGGGAGAGGAGCCAGAGAAGGACGUGGCCUCUGAGGCCCCUCUGAAGAAGCAGCCGCCUAUUCAGGAGAAUGCCGCCGCCAUCCAGCCUGUCAAAACAGCCUCUGUCGAGGCGAGAGUGGAGCGACCAGUGAAGGACAACAUAUCCCAGAAACCCCCCGUCACACAAGUGCCACAGAAGCCAACCGAGGGAGUGCCCACUGCCAAGCAGAACACCCUUCCUGCUCCAACACAACAAAAAAAACCCGAGGAGAGCCAAGCCCCUAAGCCAGCGAAAAAGAAGAAGGCGAGGAGAGAGACAUGAUGAGACAGAGUCCAUUCUACAGACUUCUGUAUGCAAAAGACUCCAUAUCGCGUUUAUGCAACGACACCUUUUGUGACAAGAACUUUGAACUAAAACUACAUGAUGGACUUGUCUUCAAACCUGUCUGGAAAAAUCAAAAAAGACUUCUGAACCUUUCUACACUUUCGAGUGUCAGUCGGUGGAUCAUUCAGGACAUGGCGCAAGCUGACAUAAUGCGAUGUUAACGCUGAUUUUUUUUUUUUUCUUUCUUUCCAAUUAUGCAUUUGAUUCACUCAGAUUCUGUCCUUAAGUCCACUGAAUCAAGUAACUGACUGAUUGAAGGAACUGUACUGUAAUUAUUAGAAGUUUAGAAAAUACUGAUCAUGUUUAGAAAAUUUGAUGUUGUGGUGGCUAACGGAUGAGAUUUACUGUAUAGAAAAUGAUCCGGUCCACAGCGCGCAUCAGGUCACACAAGACUAUCCCAUAAUGCUGAACUGGCCUUUGCUUUGUAGUCUUUUCUUUCAGCCUCUUACAUUCACACAGUUACAGUGAGCGCUGUUGGACGAAGCAGAAACACUACAAGUACAUCAGAUGUUUAUUUGAAUAGUGAUUGGACACCAACAUUUGAGUUAGGCUCACCAGGGUGUAAACAAUGAAGAACGUGUGCAUAGAAAUGUGUGAUUUAAAAAAAAAAAAAAAAAAAAAACUACAAAAAAAAAAAAAGAC